CUGUGGCCCUUCCGCCUGCGGUUGUCCGCCAGCUCCGAAAUCGUAAAAUAAACUCCGGUCCGAGACCUUAUGGUACCGGUGUUGCUCCUGGUCACCAGAACGUUGUUACAACUGACCAAUCAUAGGACAUGUUCCAUUUCAGGAAGAAAGGCGUGAUCAUAAACCUAUCUUCUAUAUUCUCCACGGCUCCUGUUCCGCUUAUGGCUCUCUACUCAGGCACCAAGGCAUUUGGGAGCCUUUUCUCCGAGAGCUUGGCGGCGGAGUAUAAGGAUAAGGGUAUCAUUAUACAGACUGUUACUCCCUCAUUUGUGUCUACGAAGAUGAUCGGAAACCUGGCUACUAAUUUCUUCGUGGCGACACCGAAGUCUUUCGUUCGCUGUGCCCUGAGCACGGUUGGGCUGGCGAGUAACACAUGCGGUUACUUUUCACACUCGCUACAGCUCUGGCUUGCAGGCCUGUUUCCCCGGGAUGUCUUCUGCAACUGGGUAACAAUGCCUGUCAUGAAGAAGCUUCGUCAGCUUGGCAUGGAGGAGUUGCAGUCCAAGAAGAAGAAAUAACACAAGACAUUUUACAAACAAUGUGCAUGUGGCGUAAUAUGCAUUCGCACGACAUGUAUUGUAAUAUAUAGUAGCUGUGUGUUCAUUUCGAUCAAGGCACUUAACCUCUUACAAUUCGACAAUAGUAAAAGUAGUUGUUCUGAGCCCCAUGCAGAUGCAAUCAGUCUUUCUUCAAAUUUCUCCACUUUAUCAUGUUCAUCGCAAGCUUUCAUAGCUCCCGUAGUUUUCUGUCUUACCGCAACGAUCGUAGUCCUCUGUCUUUAAAGUCUGCUCUAAGUAAGCUCAGUAGGUUCCUGCAGUAUUUCCUUUCUUCAUUGAUUUGUAGGUAUUAGACCCUAUCAAGGCAAAGUCCAUAACGGUUCGACAAUAUUGAUUUCAAACAGUCACAGAGUUUUGUUAUAAGAGGGUGCAUACAGAGCAAGGAUAUCUCUAUUCUAAGUCUAAAUUGUUAUGUGAAACACUUUUUAUAACUCGUUCUAAGCUAGAUGUUGAGACUAUGUUGACAUGGUAGAAUGAAUUUGUCAAAAUAGACCUGCCUUAGAAAUUAGGAAAUGGAAUUGUC